AUGCAGCGCAAAUUCUACGACCCCGCGGCGCAGGAGCUCGUAUCCGGGAACCACGUCAUCCACAACGACGCCGCGGAGUACUGGGGCAUGAUCCUGAAGCCCGUCGUGCGGGACCCGCGCGUCUGGCGGGGGAAGCGCGCCCUCGACGUCGCCUGCGGCGGCGGCCGCAACGUGGCGAACCUGCUGCGCCUCGCGGCCUGGGACCGCGUCGACGGCUGCGAUUUGGUGGCGCGGCACGUCGAGGGCGCGCUCGCCUUCGUCGGCCGCGACGGCUGGGACCGGUCCAAGUUCCAUGCGUGGCAGUCGGCCGGCGCGGGGCUCGCGGCCACCGACGGCCGGGCCCCCGCGCCCGUCGACGAGUACGACUUCGUCAUGUCGACGAUCGCGCUGCAGCACAUCUGCGUCUACGUCGUGCGCCGGGGCAUCCUCGAGGACAUCCUCGCGGCGCUGCGGCCCGGCGGCCUCGUGUCGCUCCAGAUGGUGUACCGCGCCCCGCACGAGGCGCCGCUGGACCCGGCCAGACACGCGCCCUACGACGCGAACGUCUUCGACGCGAACGGCACGAACAGCGACCACGACGUCCGCGUCACGGACCUCGACCGCGUCGUCGAGGACCUCGAGGACAUCGGCUUCGUCGACGUCGAGUACGAGGCCGGCGGCUGGCACCUCGGCUACGUCGUCUCCUACCCGGACCAGUGGCUCAUCGUCUACGCGCGCAAGCCCGGGCCCGCGACGGAGCAGCGCGCGUAG